CGCUCGUCCCGCUGCUGCGUUGCGGGGCCACAGUGUGACCGCAGCGCACCGCCGAGGAAGAGGAGGAGAAGAGGACACGCGUGGGGGCAGCACGAGGCUCCGAGACCACAGCAGGGGGUCGAGAGGAAGAGGAAGAGGAAGAGGAAGCCGUCCAUCCUCUUCGUCACUUUCCGUGUUCGCUCGACAGAGGCGGGAAGCCUUCCCCCCCCCCCCUCACCGCCGCUCUUCAUCCUCGACCCCUCCCGGACUGAAGAUCCUCCUCAUCGUCGGCAGCCAUGAAGGACCGUACGGCGGAACUGCGAAGUGCUAAAGACAGUGACGAUGACGAGGAGGUGGUGCAAGUGGACCGAGAUCACUUCAUGGAUGAGUUCUUUGAGCAGGUGGAAGAGAUACGAGGAUGCAUAGAGAAGUUGUCUGAAGAUGUGGAGCAGGUGAAGAAGCAGCACAGCGCCAUCUUGGCCGCACCCAACCCUGAUGAAAAGACCAAACAGGAGUUGGAGGAUCUCACAGCUGACAUCAAGAAGACGGCCAAUAAAGUUCGUUCAAAACUAAAAGCAAUCGAGCAAAGCAUCGAGCAGGAAGAAGGCCUCAACAGAUCUUCGGCGGACCUCAGGAUCCGCAAGACGCAGCAUUCCACGCUGUCCCGCAAGUUUGUGGAGGUGAUGACGGAGUACAACACCACGCAGUCCAAGUACCGCGACCGCUGCAAGGACCGCAUCCAGAGACAGCUGGAGAUCACCGGAAGGACCACCACCAACGAGGAGCUGGAGGACAUGUUGGAGAGUGGCAAGCUGGCCAUCUUCACGGAUGAUAUCAAGAUGGACUCCCAGAUGACCAAGCAGGCUUUGAACGAGAUCGAGACUCGACACACGGAGAUCAUCAAGUUGGAGAACAGCAUCCGCGAACUCCACGACAUGUUCGUGGACAUGGCCAUGCUGGUGGAGAGUCAGGGCGAAAUGAUUGACAGAAUCGAGUACAACGUGGAACACUCGGUGGACUACGUGGAGCGAGCCGUGUCCGACACCAAGAAGGCCGUCAAGUACCAGAGCCAAGCCCGCAAGAAGAAGAUCAUGAUCAUCAUCUGCUGCGUCAUCCUGGGCGUGGUCUUGGCGUCGACCAUCGGCGGGACGCUGGGCUUCUGAGCUUCCUGUCGCCGUGACGACCGCCAGCCGGAGGAAGAAAAAGCCCAAAAACUUGAACCACCAAUGCAAGAAGAAAACCAAUCAGCAAACGGGACACACUUGGGGUGGGCCGAGGUCCAACAUUCCCACAAAUCAAACCCCCUCAAACGCACCGCCGUGUAAACGGAAGGUUCCGGCAAACGCAUCGAUGUAAACCUAGAAGCUACGCACGCUUUUUUUCUUUCUGUCUUCUUUAACUUUGCUUUUUCGGGAGGACGGCGACGGCGAGUGCCGCUGGGCGGGGCUUCUGCGGGACGAGCGCCCGCUCGGUUCUAGGAGAGCGUGUCCGGACGCCGUCCCGCAGAAAGAGCCCCACCCCCACCUGCCCACGUUAGGAGGGCGGGUCCGACCUUGCCCUGACCCCGCCCCUCAUUGGUCGCUCACUCCCCACGUGACCUUUGACCGCCAGGAGGGGCGGAGUCAGGGGGCGGGGGGGUGGGAACUCCACCGAGAGUCAAUCUAUGCAGUUAAGACACAAGCGCGACUCGUCAAGUUGACUUUAGCCCCGCCCACCCGAGUGCCGCGGCCAUAUUGACUUUUCCCCGUUUUGUGGUUUUGUGCUGCCGCUGUUUCUGUGACUUCCUGUCGAGUUCGCCUGAGCCCUCGUUUUGGCCGAGUGUGUUUGUGGUCGUCUUGGUGACACAGGUGCUACCAAUCGGGAGAGGCUCCUCCCCCUCCUAGAGUCAUGUGAUGUGGUGUCACAGUGGGAGCUCCGCCCCCUCCUGGAGUCAUGUGAUGUGGAGCAGCCUCCCCCAGCAAACAUUGCAUGUGGUGUGUUAGCUUUCUUGCUCCUACGUUCUGCCACGGGAGGGUUCAUCCGCCGCGUCCCAAAGUGCACUCGGCGUUCAAGCAAUAACUGCGGCCGGGAAGCGCGCGAGUCCCGCUGACAUCCGGCGUGGCGGCUCGGACGCGAACAGGAAGUGGGCUUGUUGAAGUAGUGCGUGUUGUGUAGUCGUUAGAUGUCGUGUCGUGACGUGUGACAAAAAAAGAGCGUUUCCUUUUCAUUUGGCGUCCACCAAAGUCGUGUUGUGUUGAAACUAAACGUGCGCUUGUCCCCGCCUCCCCGCCCGUCCGGACCGCGUCGCCGUCGUCAAAGCGAUGACGUCGUCGUCGUCCCCCCCCCCCCCCCCCGCAGACGCAGACAUGGCGGCAUGAAGGCAGGGGGCGUGUCCCAGUAUUCCUGUCUUUUUCUGUGUUGACGUUUUUAGGCGAGACGACGGCGAGGAUAAGCCCCGCCCCCCCGCUCCGCUCCCCCCCGCGUGUCCCGAUAUUUGGCAUGCGACGCGUCGUGGAGUUUGCAUGAAGAUGUUUCCCCGCCUCCUGGCCUGCCGCCAUGUUGCGCACUUUACUCCGUUAGCACGCUAGUUCCCGCUUCUUUUCACACGACGCCCCGCCCCCCCCCCCCCCCGCUCGCCGCGACACAAGUCACUUUUCACAUUGGCCACGCAAACCAAAGCGAAGCGAGUCGCCGGAGACCAGCGAGCCGCCAUUAGCCGCCGUUAGCCGUUAGCACGCGCUCCUCCAUCUUUGUAGUCCCGACGACGAAGCUCUCUGUCUUCCUGAAACGAUUUCCCAAACGGUUGCCGUGACAACUUGGGAGUCAGUAUUGCGUGGGAGGAGUCUGGGGGGGGGGGGGGGGGGGCACGUGGCCAAUAGGAAAGACUUGUCGCUAUAGCGAUGAUGUAAUUAUUGUAAAUAGGAGAAAAAGACCACCUGCAUGUUUAUCUUCCUGACAAAGUCGACGCCCUCUUUGACGCUGUCCUCUCCGCCCCGGAAGUGAGGCUCCGCCCACUGGCUGCUCUGGUCAAAGUGCUUCCCGCCAUCUCCUGGCCCCGCCCCUUCCACCUCCCACAGGCCGACCUUGACAAAGCGUGCAAUACCGGAGGCGCCCUCGGGCGAGGCGGCCAGAUGCAGGAGCUCCACCCACACGACACGAGAGCUCCGCCCACCCGACGUUGGCCAAUAGGGGACAGCCUCUUCGACUUUGCCAGGAAACGCAACUUGUGUCCGUUUCUUUUGUGUUUGUGUGCCGUGUAACGUGAAGCCAUCUGUCCCCGCCCACACUUAAGACACGCCCACCAUUCGCGACAGCCCCGCCCCCCUCUCGUUCUGCUGUUGGCUGUUUAGUUCCUGUGACGUGCCAGUACCCCCCAUCUUUGACCCCUGGAUCUUUAAGACGACAACUCUAUGCAGAAGCUGUCUUUUAUAAGUGUGUCCGACAUUUUGUUUCAGAGGAAAUAUUACACAAAUAUGAAGAAAUAAAGAAGGAUUGUUCAGUGUU